AUGGCAUUCAGCUUCGGCUUCUCGGGCGACGACAUAGACGAGACGAUGGACGUGGACGUGGGCGUUGGCGAAGCGGCGCCUGCGUCUGCGGGAGGGGUGGAGAACGGCCCGCCGCUGGUUGAGCCGAAGGUGCUCAGGGUUGAGGAUGUGCUCGCAACCCUCCCGUCCAAAAUCUCCUACAGCACCCUAACCAUCACGUCGCCCCAAGGGCGCAGCGUCACGCUGCCGCGGCGCGAACUCUUCGACGUGCGGCUGCAACUGAUGGCCGAGGACGAGGGCGCAGACGGCGCGGAUGGCUCGGGGUCCUCGAGCAGCGCCGAUGCCAUCGCCGGCCUCGACGACGCCGAUAUCCGCACGAAUGUCUACGAGGGCGGGUUUAAGAGCUGGGAGUGCUCGGUCGAUCUUGUGAAGCUGCUGCUGGAUCGCGGCCCGAGGAAGGACUUGGAUGAUUUGUGUAGGGUGGACCAUGUUGUUGAGCUCGGCUGCGGCACCGCGCUCCCCACGCUCCUCCUCUUCCAACACGCCCUCGCGCAAUCCCUCCCCCUCUACUUCACCCUCGCAGACUACAACGCCUCCGUCCUCCGACUCGUCACGCUGCCGAACCUGCUCCUCGUCUGGGCGAGCACGCUCCCGGCCGACGCCCCCGUCUUCACGCCCGAGCACCCCUCGCCGUUCCACUUCCCCUCCUCCCCACCAGACCCUUCUUCCCCCACCCAACCCGAAACAGGCGACCUCGACCUAACGCCCGCCCUCCUCGCCGCCUUCCUCACCUCCCUCCACACAUCCUCCCUCCACCUCACCCUCCUCGCCGGCUCCUGGGCCCCGCCCGACCGCUUCGCGGCCCUCGUCCCCAGCGCGCCAGACAUGCGCACCCUGCUCCUGGGCAGCGAAACCAUCUACUCGCCGGCGGCGCUAGAGGGGUUCGCUGACGCGUGCGCGGCGCUGAUGGCAAGCGGGCGUGGCCGCAACGCUAAGCUGCUGGUUGCGGCGAAGAGAGUCUAUUUUGGUGUUGGUGGGGGCGUGGACGCUUUUAGGGAGGCUUGUGCGGCGAGGGGGGUGGUGAUGGGGGAGGUA